CCGGCUUCCUCCACCCUGCCUCGCCUGCGGCCCUCGCAGGCCGAGGCGUCGUGUGCGGUCCAGGGGGAGCUGAACUGCUCUAACAGCAUGGGCGCCCUGGAGAUGCACCAGCGCUUGCAACAGCUGAAGAGACGCAUCCACCGCGUGCACCUCUACUCCCAGGAUGCCAAGAAGAGGAGGAGGAGGCGGAGACCGAAGAACCCGGAACGCAUUGUCUUGCAGGACAGCUCAACUUCCUCAUGCCUGCCCCCAGCCCUGCCGCUGCCCACACCACCGCUGCCGCCUGCUGCCGCAACGGCCUCCACAGCGGCCCCGCCACCCGCUGUCUACUCUAUGCCCAGGGUCUUUGGCCCCUUCACUCCGCUGCCCAGCACAUCGCUGGAGAAAGUGGAAGUUUCAAGCCACAUGGUCGACCUGACCCCCCUGGUCCUCAGUCCCGGGGGCUUCCACUUCUCGUACCUGACCAGGAAGCACGCGCACAAGCUCCACUUCCCCUGGACCUCAGUCUGUAGUAGCCCUGCCGCCGCUGAGGAGGUGCCGUCCUCGUCUCUGAAGGCUUCCAUCUUCACCCCGCCUGUCCUGCUCAAGUUCCAGCCUGUGCCCAGACCCAAAGAUGACUCAGCGAAUGACCCUGGCAGCACGGAGUCCGUGCCCCACCAGAGGGACCAAUCACCUCUUCUGUGCAGACCAUGGCCAGAGGAUGAAUAAAUCCCCUGCUGGCGUCUUCCCACA